AUGGGACCAGGUGAUAGUCCAUUUCAAGGUGGUGUAUUUUUUCUUUCGAUACAUUUCCCGGCCGAUUAUCCAUUUAAACCACCCAAAAUCACAUUUACAACAAAAAUUUUUCAUCCAAAUAUAAAUUCAAAUGGAGCUAUUUGUCUUGAUAUUCUUCGUUCACAAUGGUCACCAGCGUUAACUAUUUCUAAAGUUUUACUUUCGAUUUGUUCAUUACUUUGCGAUCCAAAUCCUGAUGAUCCAUUAGUACCUGAUAUCGCUCGUACAUACAAAACGGAUAAAGAAAAAUAUAAUGCGACGGCGCGGCAGUGGACUCAAAAAUAUGCCAUGUAG